AUGGGCGAACUAUUACCUUUGAAAUCCGGAUACUACAUUUGGCAUUAUGUGCCUUCGCUACCCGCAGCAAUCAUUUUCCUUGCUUUAUACCUCGUGGUCACAUUAGCACAAUCCUGGCGGCUAUGGAGAACUCGGCUUUGGUUCUGCAUCCCUUUUGUCGUCGGCGGUUUCAUGGAAGUCAUAGGCUAUGUUUUCCGAGCGAUUUGCAAUAAUGAGACCAACCGGCUGCUCCCGUACAUCGUCCAAAGCAUCUUCAUCCUCUUACCUCCCAUUCUCUUCGCCGCCUCGAUCUACAUGGUCCUUGGUCGCAUCAUCCGCGCGACAGGAGGAGAGCAAUAUUCCGUCAUCAGGCCCGCAAUUCUCACCAAGACCUUUGUGUGGGCUGAUGUCGUAGCAUUCUGUGUACAGGGCGGAGGCGCUGGGUUGCAAGUAGUCUCGAGCUUAUCAAGCAUGGGCGAAUGGAUCGUCGUGGCAGGCCUCGUGAUCCAGAUUGCCAUGUUUGGCUUCUUCGUUGUCACCGCUGUGAUAUUCCAGCGCCGAUUCCAGCACGGAAGUCCCCAGGCUGCGACCGAUAGCACAGCUGGCUGGAAGUCGAGCUUGUACAUGUUGUACGGCGUGAGCGCCCUCAUCAUGGUGCGCAGCAUUUUCCGUGUUGUCGAAUUCGUCACGGGCUACAGUGGUUAUGUCAUGGCCAAUGAGUGGACCAUUUAUGUCUUUGACGCAGUUCCCAUGUUCUUCGUCAUGGUCAUUUUCUUCUUCUACUGGCCCAGAAAUCUUGGACCAACACCUGACGACCAGGCUUGUGCGUUUGAUGCGGGGUUCUCCGCGACGGACAACAGUUUCGUAAAGACCUCGAGCAAUAUCGAGUUAAACGAGCGCCAUUGA